GAGUUGAUUAAGAGAGAUUUCACUAGACAUGGCUUCAGAAACUCAGCCUACGCUUCCUGUUGUAGAUUUAUCCGAUGAAAACUUGAAGCCCGGUACAGAUGCAUGGCUCUUGGCAUGCAAAGUAAUCAAGGAUGCGCUAGAAGAGUAUGGCUGCUUCGAAGCUAUUUACCAUAAAGUUCCUCUGGAACUUCACAAUUCCAUGUUUACUGCGAUGGAAGAUCUAUUUGGUCUUCCAUUAGAAACUAAAAAGCAAAAGACCAGUGAUAGGCAUUUACACAGCUAUCUUGGACAAUAUUCAUUCAUUCCUCUCUACGAAUCCUUGGCGAUUGCUAAUCCAACAACUGUUGAAGGAGCUCAAGGUUUCACAAGCACCAUGUGGCCUCAAGGAAAUGACCAUUUUUGUGAAACUGCUCAUUCCUUCUCAAAGCUGGUAGCAGAAUUGAGUCAAAUGGUGACAAGAAUGGUUUUUGAUAUGUACGGUGUGCAGAGGCUUUAUGACUCUCACAUGGAAUCAACUACAUACCAGCUUAGAUGGUAUAAGUACAGAACACAACAAGCGAAUGAAACCAAUGUGGGAAUGCUUCCUCACACAGACAAGUCCUUCAUAUCCAUACUGAAUCAAGAUCAGGUGAAUGGUUUGCAGAUUGGAACAAAGGAUGGUCAGUGGAUUGAUGUGCAGCCUUCACCUUCAUCUUUUCUAAUCAUGGCAGGCGAUGCAUUCAUGGCAUGGAGCAAUGACAGAGUACCCUCUUGUGAACAUCAAGUCACCAUGAAAGAGAACAAAACCAGAUACUCCCUAGGACUGUUCUCAUUCAAAAAUGGGAUUAUACAAGUACCUGAAGAGCUAAUUGAUGAGAAACAUCCCUUAUUGUAUAAGCCAUUUGAUCAUUUCAGUUUCCUUGACUUCGGUCGAACACCAGAGGCAAGGAAUUUGUUGCGUUCUAUCAAGGCCUACUGUGGUGUGUGAGAUCUCUUUUGAUCUAGAGGGAUUGCCAUCUUACUUUGCAUAAUAACUCCCUGAAACUUUGGCUUUUAUAAUCUAUUGUGUAUCUAAGUGUGGGUUUGUUGCUGCUUUUGUUGUGAAUGUAAUAUAGCUUGUGAGGGUUGUUAAUCUUAAUUCCUUGGAUUCUACUAAAUAAAAAAGUUAUUAUGGUGUAAUUUUUAAUAA